UCGAGGUAUGAUUUCAUGAACUGCUGCGAAGUCAUUGUUGAAGAAAGCGAGUCAGCGCCCGCCGGUGCGACUGGAGCACACUUGAAAUUAUUUCCCAAAAACACUUUUGCAACCGGCAGAGGUGGACAAAGCACUCACACUAAAGGUGGCAAUAAUGCGCUAGCAAGCGCGACAAAAAGAAGAUGGCGGCGAUGGCGACGCUGGCGACGCUGGCGACGGCGAUGUUCGCCUCGCGCUGCCCCCGCCGCUGGGGGGCCCAAGCCCGCAGGAGCUUCGGGCGGUCGGCAGCUCGCGGGGUGUUCGACCGAAACACCAAGAAGACGCAGAAGGAGCGAGCCGCCGCGGACCGCCGCGGCCAAAAGUACGACUACGUCAGGGAGGAGGACCUUUCCUCUGGCGUUGGAGAUCGGCGCCGGACGAGGUCACAUUGCGCAACAUUUAAGCAAGGACACGGUGGAGCGUUUGUUUUUGACGGACAUCUCCGAGACCGCCCUGAGGCAGAACGUCGCCGGCGAGAUGAGGCGGCACGCGCUGGCGGCCGACGAGGAGUUCCUUCCUUUCCGGGAGAACUCGUUCGAUCUGGUUCUCAGCAGCAUGAGUCUGCACUGGAUCAACGACCUGCCCGCCGCGCUCAGACAGAUCCACGCCGUCCUGAAGCCGGACGGCGUGUUCAUCGGCGCCGCGGCCGGCGGCGAGACGCUGUACGAGCUGCGCUGCUCGCUGCAGCUGGCCGAGACGGAGCGAGAGGGAGGCUUCUCGGCGCACGUCUCGCCCUACGCCGCCGUCACGGACGUGGGGAACCUGCUGGGACGGGCCGGAUUCAACACGCUCACCGUGGAUAUCGACGAGUUGCAGGUCUGCUAUCCAGGCAUCAUGGAGUUGAUGAUGGAUUUACAAGGUAUGGGCGAGAGUAACUGCGCUUUGAACCGAAGAUCCAUGUUGCAUCGGGACACCAUUUUGGCGGCGGCAGCUGUUUACAAAGAAAUGUACGGUAACGAGGACGGCUCGGUUCCCGCCACCUUUGACAUCCUCUACAUGAUUGGCUGGAAGCCUCACCACUCUCAGGCCAAAGCAGCCAAACGAGGCUCGGCGACCGUCUCCUUCGGAGAUUUGGCCAAAAUAAAUCAGGACGACGACAAGUCAAGCACACGAACAUGAAAUGUGACACGUCGAUUCAACGUGUGUGUUAAAUCGGACAUGUUUACGCAUAUGUCAUUUUGGGCAUUUUAUUUAAGAGGUCAGUUGAGAAGCAUUUCUCAUUUGCGAUGACACGACGAUGACGACCUGGCCAAGAUGCAGUUCCAUAAAAUAGGGAAGUCCGGGCCCGCGACCCCACCGACCGACCCCAAUAAGCGCAAGAAGUCGGAGGGAACAUUCAAUAUGACAUUUAUUCAACCUGGUUGUACCCUAGGACAUUUUUCUUAACUUGAACAUGAAAUGUCACAUGUAUUUAACACAAACAUAUUUCUUUUCAACAUGAACGGGAAAUGUUUAUUCAACACGUACAAUAAAUGUUUGGGAUUUUUUUCAACAUGAA